UGGCCCAGACGGUUCAGUCUGUCAUCUAAAAUACAAUUAAAGGAAUAGUUCCCCCAAAAAAGAAAAUUAUGUCAUUAAUAACUCACUCUCAUGUCAUUCCAGACCCGUGAGACCUCCGUUCAUCUUCUGAACACAGUUUAAGAUAUUUUAGAUUUAGUCCGAGAGCUUUCUGUCCCUCCAUUGAAGCUGUGUGUACGGUAUACUGUCCAUAUCCAGAAAGGUAAUAAAAACAUCAUCAAAGUAGUCCAUGUGAGUAGUCCACGGUGUGUGUGUUCACUGCUGUGUGUGUUCACGGUGUGUGUGUUCACUGCUGUGUGUGUUAACACUUUGGAUGGGUUAAAUGCAGAGCACGAAUUCUGAGUAUUGGUCACUAGUCUGUAUGUCACUUCACGUUGUUGACAGUUUUCAGAUUUAGGUGUAAUCUCAGGUUCAGUGAGGUCUUUAAGAAACUUAAUGAAAGUGUAAAGCGAGUGUGGCGUUGAGCUGAUAGUUGUUGGUUUUACUUCUGCUUUCUUCUCUGCUGUUCUUUUCCGCUCGUCUUGACUGCAGUUGUCUGUCGUUUUGUUGAAGACAAGGCUUUUGGACGAUAUACUGAGACCAGAGAGCUCCUCACAAUCUCACCAGAAUGUACCGCACUUCAGCUGACAAGUACAGCUAAAUUACAAGAAAAGGCCUACAAUCUUACUGUGUGAAUCAACGAAAUAAGUUUCAGAACAAUUCUGACAGAACUUCUUUUCAAGUACAGAAACAGAUCUACAAUAACUUGCAUCCACAAAAAAAGAAGCUAAAUCUCUUAGAAUGAAUCUCUUUUUCUUCCUAUUUCUCCUUUUAUUUCUGUAAAGAGUUUCGUCUCCUCCCUCGUCUCUUCUUGAAGUGUGAAAUGACUGUUUAAACAGGAAGUGUCUGUUUUAGAUGACACCGGACAGCAGUUAUUUUUAUUAAUGUGUCAGUAUGGGCUCUGGUGCACUGCCUCUCAUUCUCUUGCUGAUGUCCUUCAUCCACGCUGGACUCACUCAAGAGAGCCCAAAAGCUGUAUUGAAGGUGACUCCAGAUGAGCGUGUGUUCAGCGGAGAGAGAGUCACUCUCACAUGUGACAUACAGGGAGCAGGACACAUUCAGUGGACAUACAGCUGGUUUAAAAAUGGAAACACAUUCUAUCCAUACACAACAACAGCAACAGAGAUCAGUUUCACAACUGAUGUGUAUUCCAGUGGUGUAUACAGCUGUAGAGGACACACAUACUCACAGAGAUCAUCAGACAUCAGUUCUGCUGUUACACUGACUGUAUCAGAUUCAUCCAGAUCUUCACUGACUGUGACUCCAGACAGUCCUGUAUUCACUGGAGAGACAGUCAAUCUGACCUGUGUGAUUGAGACUCGCAGUUACAGUGACAGUUACAGUUACAGGGGAUGGAUAUGGAGAAUUGACCAAACAUAUAACUGGAGAUAUGUGUGGGAUAAAGACAGUGUAAUGUUACAGACGUCUGGUCGUUACACUGUAAACAGAGACACUCUCACUAUCAGAGGAGUAACUACAUCUGAUCAGGGUCAGUACUGGUGUAGAGGACAGAUAAGAUCAGUCUCAUCUCAGUGGAGCUCUGUUUCUCUCUCAGUGAAAGAUUCCCCCAGAUCUUCACUGACUAUGACUCCAGACAGUCCUGUAUUCACUGGAGAGACAGUCAAUCUGAAGUGUGUGAUUGAGUCUCACAGUAACUGGAGAUAUGAGUGGUAUAAAGACACAGACAGUGUAAUAUCACAGACGUCUGAUCGUUACACUGUAAACAGAGACACUCUCACUAUCAGAGGAGUAAUUACAUCUGAUCAGGGUCAGUACUGGUGUAGAGGACAGAGAGAUCAGAGACCAAACUCAUCACAGUCAAGAUCUGCUGUUAAUCUCACUGUGACAGAUUCCCCCAGAUCUUCACUGACUAUGACUCCAGACAGUCCUGUAUUCACUGGAGAGACAGUCAAUCUGAAGUGUGAGAUUGAGUCUGAUUACAGUGACUGGAGAUAUGAGUGGUAUAAAGACACAGACAGUGUAAUAUCACAGACGUCUGAUGGUUACACUGUAAACAGAGACACUCUCACUAUCAGAGGAGUAAUUACAUCUGAUCAGGGUCAGUACUGGUGUAGAGGACAGAGAGAUCAGAGACCAAACUCAUCACAGGACCGUAACCGAAUACAUCUGUCUGUUAAUGCUUCAUCUUCUCUUCCGGUCACUGCUGUGGUUGUGGGAUCGAGUGUUUUCUUGUUGAUCUUCAUCUCUCUGCUGCUGCUGUGGAGAUACAAGAAGAACAAAGAUCAGCAGCGUAACAUUAACCAGACAUCAGUCCCAAAUCAAUCUGCAGAAUCUCAACCAGAAAACUUUCCUCUACAGUCUGCAGAUCCUGAUCAUGUUUAUGACGACGUGACUGAAGUAAAGAAGAGACACAAAGAUGAUCCAGAGACCACAGAGGUCACAUAUUCAGAGAUCUUAUGGUCAUAUGUGGAUAAAGAUGUUUCCAUGGCAGAAUCAAAUGAUGCGACAUACUCAGAAGUCAUAAAAAAAGUAAAGAAAUGCAAAGAUGCUGAUGCUGGAGUUGGUGAUACAACUUAUGCUUCUGUUAGGAAGAAGGGGUCUCUGAGUGCAGUGAAGACAACAGACGGCUAAAAGAGAUUCACAGCAGCAGACACAGUGACGCUUGCAUUGCUUAAAGGGGGUCAUAUGAUGCUAAUUUCACUUUAACAUGUUGUUCAACUUAAAUGUGUGUUGGUAGUGUGUGUACAUAUCUACUCUAUAAUGAUAAAAUCCACCCAGUGGUUUUAAUUUAAUCCCUAAAAAUAAUAUCCCCUUUUUCAAAUUGGGCCGUUCUCAGCUCCUUGUCUGUGUGAUGUCACUUGGAUGAACGCCCCUCCCACAAUAGUAGAUUGACACUAGUGUUUUAACUUAGCUCCGCCCUGAGUGACUGUCAUCAGUCCAACAUUGUUUCGCCGCCAGAGCAGAUGUCAAAAAGAAGUCUCUUAAGCGAUUGAGGUGUUUUGUUGUGGGAUAUAAUAAUGAACAUAGCAGUCUUUAUUUACUCCCGAUAUCUGAGCUGCUGAAGACACAGUGGAUUAUGUUUGUUUCUUAAGGGAAUGCGCCACGAUCAAACUAAAUGCGUUCACGCAAAUCAUUUGUUAUCCAGCUUCACCUACAGAAGAAGUGAGGACAAGCUGUUAUAAAUCUUUGCAAUCGCUGUUCCUAAUAACGUGCUAGUUAGCAAGUUUUGCGGCUAGUAAACAGUCUCUCAGAGCAGGGUUCCUCACCCCACAGUCGAGAGGGGCGGGGUCAGCAAAGCUCAUUAACAUUUAAACAUUUUUAUAAAUGCUUUUAUUUCUGCAGAACUGAUUUUGACACAUAAAAAGGGUGUUUACACUACCACUGAGAAAUCUUAACCAAAGUAUGUUAAAGACUUUUCAUUAAGACCCUAAAGAAUCAUAUCAACUUGUGGAAAAUAGGCAUCCGAUGACCCCUUAAAGAAAUUAAUCUGAGUGAACUGCUUAUGCACAUGCAUUAUUCUAUAGAGAUGUAUAUUCACUGUAUUAUCUAGAGUUAUAUGUUUUCAUCUUACUAAUAAAUGCUUGUGCUUUUCCUAAGUCAUUAAGACAGAAAAAAAAAAUUACAAAUCCACAUACAGCUUUUCACAUUCAUAUAUUUUUCAAACUUUGUUGCAGUUAAUGAAAUUGGAGUUUUAUAUUUAAUAAAUAAAAAUACAAACA